GCAGUCUCAAGAAUGGCGAAGGAACUUGAAAACAAUGCCCAAGAGGCAUUCUUGGAUGACGAUUUUGCCCUCGCCGCCGAUUACUACUCAGAAGCCAUCAACUUGGAUCCCAACAACCCUCUUCUUUAUGCCAACAGAGCCCAAGCCCAUAUCAAGCUUCAGAACUUCACAGAAGUCGUUUCUGAUGCGAACAAAGCCAUUCAAUUGAGUCCUUCACUGGCUAAGGCCUACUUUUGUAAGGGAACUGCGUGCAUUAAGCUGGAAGAGUAUCAAACUGCAAAGGUAGCACUUUAAACCAGUGCCUCUUUUGCUCCCGACGAUUCCAGAUUCACCAAACUCAUUCAAGAUUGUGAUCGCUACAUUGCAGAAGAAUCGAAAGAUAGUACCCGAUAAGUGCAGA